AUGGGCGCAUCGCAGUCGACAGGCGGGGCGGCCGAGCCGGCGGACGGCGGGGCGAUCAAGACCAGCUACUACGAGCUGCUGAGCGUGGAGCGGACCGCGACCCAGGACGAACUCAAGAAGGCAUAUCGCAGGAAGGCUCUCGAGCUGCACCCCGACCGCAACUAUGGCGACGUCGAGCGCACGACGGCCCUCUUCGCCGACGUCCAGCACGCCUACCAGGUCUUGUCGGACGAGCAGGAGCGCGCCUGGUACGAUGCACACGAGGCCGACAUCCUGCGCGGCGGGACCGGCGAGGGCUCGGGCGAGGACCAGUACCAGGGCAACAUGAAGGUCACGACGCCCGAGGAGCUGACGCGCAUGAUGGGCCGCUUCCGCAGCAACGUGCAGUACACGGACGCCCCAAGCGGCUUCUUCGGCUUCGUGCGGGACACGUUCGAGCAGCUGGCCAAGGAGGAGGAGUAUGCCGCCGACUACGAGGGCGUCGACUUGCCGCACUACCCGCCCUUUGGCCACAAGGACGAUGACUACGAGGGCGUCGUGCGCGACUUCUACGCCGCCUGGGACGGCUUUGCGACGGCGAAGAGCUUCGCCUGGCUCGACGUGUACCGGCUCGCCGACGCCCCGGACCGCUACACGAGGAGGCUGGCCGAGAAGGAGAACAAAAAGCACCGCGACGACGGGCGGCGCGAGUUCAACGAGGCAGUCAGAGCACUGGUAGCAUUCGUCCGCAAGCGCGACCCCCGGUACACGCCCGACACACGGUCCGCCGAAGACAAGGCGAAAGCCCAGCGCGAGCAGCGCAAGGCACAGGCAGCGAGGGCCCGCGCCGAGCUGAACGCCAAGCUGGAGCGUGAGGCGCAGGAGCUGCCGAGCUGGGCCACGGAGCGACCCGCGAGCGAGCUGGACGAGUCCGAGUCGGACGUCGAGGAGGAGCACUUCGAGUGCGUGGCCUGCAGCAAGACGUUCAAGAGCGAGCGCCAGUACGAGGCUCACGAGAAGAGCAAGAAGCACCAGAAGGCCCUGAAACAACUGACGCGCAAGAUGCAAAAGGACAACGCACAUUUGGAUCUGGAUGACUUUGGUGGUAGCAGUGGCGUCCUGACGCCUGCGGACGACUAUGCGGAUGCGGUGGAGACGCAGACUUAUACGUUGGACGACGAUGGUGUGGACGAGGCCACGAAGGCUGAGGAUCUUGAGAUCGACAAUGUGGAGGAGGUCACGACCAAGGCUGAGGAUCUUGAGAUCGACAAUGUGGACGAGGUCACGACCAAGGCUGAGGAUCUUGAGAUCGACAAUGUCGAGGAGGUCACGACCAAGGCUGGGGAUCUUGAGAUAGACAAUGUGGAGGUCGUCACGACAAAGGCAGAGGAUCCCAAGCUAGACAACAACGCGGAGGACACCACAACAAAAACCGAGGAUCUCUCGACGGCCGACACACCCCCAUCCCCACCAACCCUCUCAACAAUCCCAUCAACAGCGCCAAAGAUCGGCGCAGCGAAACUGAAGAAGAUGAAGAAGGCAGCCAAGCAAGCAGAAACGGAGCAAUCCGCUUGCGACAACAAGUGCGCCGGGUGCGACGCCGAGUUCCCGUCCAAGACGAAGCUGCACGACCACCUCAAGAAGUUCCCCAAGCAUGCGGCGCUGAAGAGCGUGGCGGGGGGGAAGAAGGGGAGGAAGUGA